AUGACGUACCAUUCUGACUUGAUUCUGACACCGUUCCAGGUGGAUGACCUCCCAGAAGACAUAACAGCGCUCUGUGAUCCAUUUCAAGAGUCUUAUUCAUGUGCUGAGCAGCAGGCAGUCCAGUCACUCACGAUUUCUCACAAAGAAAAUCUUUCGUUGAUCGGCUCGCAGAUCAAUGGCUUAGACCUUCAGAUCGCUCCGCUACAGUCUCGUCGUGAGAAGCUGCUCUCUAAACAAGAUCAAGAAUUGAAGAAUAUCGAAGUCUUGAAAUCAAUACUGAGCCCGAUACGACGGGUUCUGGUUGACUUACUUUGGGAAAUCUUUCUGCUCUGCCUCCCAACAACGCCAACAGAUGUGAAAAAAAUUACAUACGAUGCGCCCUUGCUCUUAUGCCAAGUAUGCUCGAAAUGGCGUAGGACGGCGUUAGCGUUUCCCCCUCUCUGGAAAUCCUUGGAUUUGAAAGCAGCCUUCCACCGGGAAAUAGCUUACAUUCCGAAAACAGUGCUCAGUGUUCAUCCCUCCAUCCCACACAUCUUGGACAGCUGGUUUGCUCGUGCAGGCAGAUGUCCGCUUUCUCUCGGCUUCGAUCUGGUUUAUAGCUAUGACCAUAAAAGACUAAUAUCGAGUUUGGAAGGCGUGCUGAAGGAGCUCCCUAAUUCACACCUUCAGCGCCUCUCUUUGAAGAUUGAAUACCCGUGCGAUGCAUAUUUUCUUGCAGUUAUAUCACGAGAAUUUACAGAACUGGAGUCUAUCUCUUUGAAAGUCUCAAAGGGUUUGGAUGCCAGGGCUAUCCCUCGUCGUCUCUUCCAAUCAGCACCUCGUCUCUGCUCUGCCGACCUCCGUGGUUUCAUCCGGCCAACAGGAGUAGAGAAUUUGCUUCCUUGGUCACAGUUGACUCAUCUACGUGUUGAAACCGAAUUUGACGUGGACACGUGGUAUUAUCUUAUCUCCCAUUGUACUAAUCUCCAGCAUGGAAUAUUUUCCAUGAAUAAUCGUCUCGCCAGCAUUCCAACAGUUGAUUAUGAGAUAAACCUCCCCCAUCUCAUUGAUUUAACUCUUCACAUCACCAGUGGUGCGGCAAGGGUGCCCAACGUUCACCGACUCAAUUUCCCCACACUGAGAAGACUUCAGUGGUUGUUUGAUGAACGCUCUCUCAACUACGUUGAGGAGGGAUACAUCCCAGCCACCUGCAAUGGUUCUCUUGAAAACCUCGCCAUCGCCGGAAAUAUGGCUUUUACAGAAUCCCAGCUUAUUUCCUUGCUCAACUCGUCAUUCUCUAUCACCAAACUUCACUUUUCCGUGGCAAUAAAUUACACCAACUUUUUUGAAGCUCUCACGUCCUCUUCGUUCACCCACCAGCUCCUUCCAAAGCUCAAAAUCCUUCAUUGUGACAUUCGAAGUAUUGAGGAUGUUGAUGCUUUCCUGGAAUCCCUCAUUUCCUUCUUGCGGUCAAGGUGUUAUGAUGGGCUCAAUUCACAGACCAACUGGACUACUGCGCGGCUGCGACGCCUGACCCUCACAUUUCCGGAUAAUGUUGAUACAGACAACAAGGGUUUCAAGGAUCGGAUCAAGGUCUUUCCUUGGUUUUGGAUAAUUGUCUUGAAUGCGAUCACUGUCCAAGUUUGCGCGAGAUGA